GUCGCUAUUUUGGAAAAUGUGAAAGGGUUGCAGCGGGAACUCCCCUCGGUGCUGAAGCACUUGCGGAAGUGUGGGAACUAUGUGAUCAAGGUGUGCGAAAUCGAUCCGCUUGACUACGGAGGGGUCGGCAGUCGCGAUCGAUACUAUAUCAUCAUGAUCCACACAAAGGUGGCACGGAAGGAUGCUGCUGAAAGAAUCGAGGAGACGUUACAGGAGUCUCUUCUGAUCACCGACCAGAUGAUCGAUCCUCCUGGCCAUCGCAAACGCAAGCGAUGCGACGAGAGUGUGCAACCCUUGAUCUCCAGGGCUCCUUCCUGGGCCAUCAUGGCAGCGGUGCCGCCUGAGCCUGAGGCGAAGCAAAGCCAGGAGGAGGCUGCGGAGUCAGCCGGACAUGAUGAAGCCUUGGACUCCAUUCGCACUUUCUUCGAAAGUGUCUGCGAAAAGGAGAACCCGGCCGCGUGGAUGGCCCGCACCAUGGCCUCCGGUGAAGUCUUCCAACAGGUGAUAAAUCACUAUGUGUCAGGGUGGCAAACCCGAUCGCCCCUGACCUUGGUUCUCCGCGACAAUAUGGAGACCUUCUACCUGCCCCUGAGUGCCUUUGACUACUCCUCCGAAGGUAAAAACGAAUUCCCGCACCAGAGCCAGCUCCGUGCGCACUUCUUCUCGUUCCUCAGCGGCAACGACCAGCGGGAGCCAAUUUGCGUGAAGUUCGACUGCAACGGGUCACGCCAGAUCGAGCCCUUCAGUGUAAAGUUCGUUGAUGGCCAAACGAAAGUGCUCAACAUGUUGUUGGCCAUAGCGAUAGCCCACAAGCUGGGCUUGGCCAGGGGAUUGGUCAAGGCCUUUGGGACGUAUGAAUACAUCCUGUGUUCAUAUGUCCACCGCGAAGCAGCGGCCUUGUUCCACUACGAUGCCCUCCGCUUGGGUGCGAGAAGCGCCGAGAAACAGCCUCCCUCGGCUUUGCAGUACAUGGCGGAGAUGCAAAAGGCCAUGGCUGCCGAGAAAGCGCUCACCUCAAGGAAGAUUACCUCGCGCGAGCUCCUUGGGAAGUGCAUCGCGGACUAUAACAAGCUUGUAACCGUCAAGAAGUGGAGGAUCGACUCCGGGAAACGCAAGUUGAUCUCCAACUUGAUGGACGUUGGCCCGGAGUUCCGCACGGCCCUCGCGAGGCACUACGACUUCUACCCGCACUCCACGUCAGGUUCGACGCACAAGCUUCCGAAUCCGAAGAUUCCUCUGACUCUGAUUCUGCUGGCGACUCCGGUUGCAGAAUUGAAUUUGAACUACAUGCACACCAUGCAGACGCUGGAUGGUGUUCCUGUUUGCCGACGAGCCUUCGCUCGGAUGAUGGCCGUGGGCCAAAGCCGGCUACAAAGAGCCCGGCACCGUUACCGGGGCCUUGACGAAAGGAACUCUUGGAACACCUCGGCAUGCAAUGGCGCUGCAGACAGCGAUACUGGGAAGCCCGGGAGAGGAAGUUCCGGACGACAGCAGCUGGACGUGGGAGUGUUUGUCUCGAAGCCUGCAGACAACGUACGAACACUGCCAGAAGCAGCACUUGCAGAUGGCAUCUUCGCAGCUGUGGCUGAAGUGAUCACCUCGGCUUCUGACGAAGUGCAAACACGGGCAGACGUGGUGCGGUUGCUGCAGGUACGGCCCUUCAAAGAGCUUCUGCCAGACAAUGUGUACAAAGCACGGGUCAACAUGACCCCGGAAGAGCUCGCCUUCUGCAAGCAGCGGCUACCCAGGGGUGUGCAAGAGUCCUCGGGCGACAUCUUCUGUCUCCUGAAACGCCACCUCUGCGAUGACGAGUAUUCGUCUGGGGCGCUUAUAUUUCCUGGUGCUUCCCGUGACAAGGCCGAGAGCAUGAUCAACCAGGUCAUCAAUCAUACUGGAAAGACUUUCCAGCUGGACGAUGACCGGAAGGAACAGCUCGCCGAGUUGGCAGAUGCUCUGAGAACGGCCUAUCCUCAAUACGGACUGCCGUAUGACGUCUUAGAGUCUGACUUCUACCUCACCGGCAUGGACAACCAACCGCCUGGCAAUGGCUGGAAGAAGGUGCUGGAAGUCUCUUCAGAGGGACAGUUGUGCUACCUGGCCAGGGUGAUCAAGGGCUUCGAAUCGCAGGCACCNNCCUGCGAGAAAGCGGCCCAGAUGCCGCUGGAGCAGCACCAAGAGCUGCUUCAGGUUUCCCAGAUGUGGGUUGCAACUUUGCAGCAACUGAGAGCUAAGUUUGAUGAGAAGACCAUGACUCGCUUGGAAGAUAUGUUCAUGCAGGGGUUGCUCGACAGCGACCUGAAAGGCCAGCUGCGCGGUCGGCCGUCGCUGGAUGUGAACCGGCUGCCGUUCGUUCUCGAAGCAGAAGGAAGGGCCGCGGAGGAGUACGUGGCCGGCAGCAAGUCGAAGCUGCACAACGCCAGAAGCCAGGCCUUGAAGGCAAGCUACAGCGUUUGGAAGGAAGAAUUGCGAGCAGAUCAAUUGAAUCAUGAAACUAUGGUUCGCGGCUGCUUGGCGGAAGCAGGCAAGAGGCGAAACGAGCUCUUGCGGACGCUCGAGGUGCUGCCGACCAUCCUGCCCCACUUGCAGCAAAGCUUUGCGAAGUCGGUUGACUCCAAACCGGGCGAGGAGGCGCUGAUGUGGAACCUUCCGACCCAGGGCGUGCUGACGGCGAUGAAGACCGACUACUUCAUCUCUUGCACGACGAACAUGCUCGCUAUGCACCCCCUGAAAGGCAUCGCCGUCGUCGUCUUCCCGAACAAGACAGCCGUCGAGAAGAAAGAGAAGGCGAAAGACGAAGAGGAUGAGGACGUCAAGGAAGAGCAGGACCAGGAUAUGGAAGAUGGCGCCGCCGAGGACGACGCUCCGGCGGGCGACGAGGAGGUCGCCACGGAGGCGGCGGUGAGAGCCCUCAGGUACGACCUCCUGAAGUCCUUGAGCGAGCCGAAGAGAAGGUUGGAAGUGAAGGAAUGCAUCUUUCAAUUCGAAGAGGGCGAGGGGCCUGUUCUUAUCUAUUCCAUGGAUGGUCCGCCUUCCCAGGCACGAAACUCGGCGAACGUGUUCCACAAGUCGAAGCCUUUCAAGCACGGCUUCAUCUCGGGAAUCGCAACGUGGAUGAACCAAUUGGCCCAGUGCCCAGCAGCAGCAACAUGUCCUCGCAUUUUCGAUCCCGAGGAAAUGCUGGCCCGCAAGGACACGUUGAAGCCGAAUUGGGAGAAGGGUCUUCCGACGAACGAGUCCUUGAGCGACAGUCAGGAAAUGAGGCAGGUCAGCGCCGGGACAUCCUUCGUCAAGGAGACCAUCCGCAGCCUGACUCCGCAGUUUCCAUCCAUGAAGCGUGUGGCUGUGGUGGAUGCCUUGGGCUACGAUGGAUCCGUUCCCAUGGCGGUCCUGGAGGAGCAGGCAAACGGGGCGGACUGGAGUGCCGUGACAAUCGCGGACUCGAGGAUUGCCAAUUGGAUCGAGGCCAGGGUUCGCGAAAGCUGCUACGGCCUGGCCAGAUCUGGCGCUCUCGAGCUCUGCGGCUUCCCGAGCUUUGAUGCGCUCACAAGUGGCUUGAAAGACACUGCAGCCCCCAGCCAGAUGGAUGCGGCUGACUUCAAGGUCACAAGGCCCUUGCCGAACGGCGACCUGGCUCUGGUGGAAAGCUUCUACAAGAAGUUCGAAGACUUCGACGAGAUCUCGGAAGACCUCCGCAAGGCCGUCCAGGAGCACGACAAGCAGUACAAUCCCCAGGGCAAGCGCAUCAGAUGCGAGCCGGAUGGGGAUUCGAAGGAGGAGCCUGCGGCGAAGCGCAUCAAGCUCGUGGAGCAUGAGCAGCCCCUCACUAGCAAGGACAUCGCCGAGCUCCAGAAUCCGUCGAUUCUGAGCGUGAGCGGCACCGUUCGCUUCUUGCACGAGGCGGACAGUGGUGACAAGAUCUGGGCGGAGGUGGACGAGGCGACCACCCUCCUUGCGGGCAAGUUGCUCGGAAGCUUCGGCAGCGGCAGCUUCAUGGAUGGCAAAGACGCCACGAAGACAAUGGCAGAGCUCGGGAAGGAGGAAGACGGUGCCAGACUGUUGAGGUUCCGUGUGGAUUUCGACAGCCUGCUGAUCCUGGAAAAGAAGAAGAUCUCCUCCCACCUGGCGGACCUACCCUAUCUUGAUAAGCCCGCGCCCGUGAAAACGCUUCUCAAAGCCCUGGAGGACCAUGGGGAGGCGAAGGUGCAGAUCUCUCACCACGAGGUCAGUCUUGCAGAGGGCGUGAUCAACGAAAAGGACACGCUGAUUUUCGUGUUGGACUCCCUCGAGAAGACGGCCAAGCAGGGCCGCAAGAGCAAGAGCGGCAAGAAGAAGGAGGCCGUGCCUGCCGUGUCCUGGGGCCGGACACUCGACCUGGCGAAGGUGAAGCAGUGCGAAGCCUUGGCCAUUGCCUGGCAUGUCCGGUGCGAUCGAGCUGCCGAGGAGGGUCCCAAGCAUUCCUGCCGAUUGGUUCCGUUGAGGCCAGCCCUGGUCUUGCGAGGCCUUUUCGAUGUUGAGCCGGGUGUCUACCAGAUCAUGUAA